ACAUUUGGAGAGCUGUGUGCUGAUCUUGGAUCAGCAGUGACUUUUUACACAGAGGUUUAGAGAUUGUAUUGGGACUGGGUAAAAUGAACUCAGAUCAGUGUAUGAAGCCGAAACCACUUGGCGUACGCGGAUCGUGGCUGUGCACAACUAAGAGCUGAUAUAACAUGAAGUAACUUUACAAUAUAUCGUCCAGCUAGCAAUGUAAUUUAGGUAACGUUAGCCAUCUGUCUCUACGCGAUAUACCGAGGUUGUAUGAGAACGUCUUCUAAUCAGUGGGGUUUCCUGUCACAGAGCAUAAUUAUGUCUCAGUAUGCUGUGCUGUCUGUGGGAGCCAAGUCAUGGAGGUGCCUCCCAUGCUUACGCACAGAGUUGCGGUUGGACUUGACCCUGAGCUGUGGCCAGAGCUUCCGAUGGCGUGAAACAGGUGACGGCCACUGGACAGGAGUGAUGGGAGGGCGAGUGUGGACACUGACACAGACGGAAGACACGUUGUGGUACUACACCUACAGCAUGCAAGACAGUGAGGGGAAGGUGAAAGGGAGGAAGAGGAGCGCGGAAGCAAGGCCAGACGGGCCGGUGAAGAGGACCAGGGGGAUGAUCACGGUGAAGGAGGAGCCCGCUGAGGACCACGAGCCAAAGGCCAAGACUACUGAACAUGACCAUAAGGAGGAAGAGCUCCUAAAGGACUACUUCCAGCUGAAUGUGAAUCUGGCAGACCUGUACAAGCAAUGGGGCACUGCAGAUACCCACUUCAAAUCCAUUGCCAAGGCAUUCACAGGUGUGAGAAUGCUGCGUCAGGAUCCUACUGAAUGCCUGUUCUCCUUUAUAUGCACCUCCAACAACCACAUCUCCCGCAUCCAGGGCAUGGUGGAGAGGCUGUGCAACACCCUGGGAGCCCCCCUUUGUCAGCUGGAUGGGACCCCUUACCACGACUUCCCCACCCUGCAAGUCUUAGCAGACAGCAGUGUCGAGUCCUGUCUUAGGAAUCUGGGCUUUGGGUACCGUGCCCGUUUCCUGCAGCAGAGCGCCAGACAGAUCAUGGACACCCACGAUUUAGACUGGCUGGAUAGCCUACGCUCCGUCCCCUAUCUGCAAGCUCAGGAAGCACUGCGCAGCCUGCCUGGGGUGGGACUUAAGGUGGCAGACUGUGUCUGCCUGAUGUCUCUGGACAAAGCACAAGCAGUUCCUGUGGACACGCACGUGUGGCAGAUCGCUCAGAGAGACUACCGCUGCACUGUUGGGAAAGGCCUCAAAAGCCUGACGGACAAAGUCUACCGGGACAUUGGCAACUUCUUCAGAGAGCUGUGGGGUCCUUAUGCUGGUUGGGCACAGUCUGUGUUGUUCUGUUCGGAUCUGAAAAAAUUCCAGGACUUGAAGGCGAUGGCUGUAAAAAAGGAGGAGGUUACAGAGGUGAACAUAACAAAUAAAAAAAACAAGAAAACCUGACCGGUAGUAACUGUACAGAGAGUACAGUGUAUGGCUGCAGAGUACGACAACAGCAAAGAAGAGAGAUUAUUGGUGGAAGGAGGGGUAUAGUUUUGGAAAUUAUGUAAUCUUCGUCGUCUCUUAUCCAGGGGUGUGUCCAAUCUUAUCUGAAAUGGCCAGUGUGGGUGCAGAUUUUUGCUCAGCAUUAUGACACGACAACUGAUUCAAAUAACUAAUCACAGUCUUCAGUUUAGACCUCGGUAAGUACAAUUUGUAGACGUAUUUGGGUAAUAUUGGACACCCCUGCUUUAAUCUAUGCUCACACAAUGGUUCAGGGUAGUGAUCCUCAACCUUGGUCAUGGAGAGCCACAGGGUCUGCUGGCUUUUGUUUUUACUCAGCACUUACUCAGAGUAACACAGUUUGAUCAGUUGCGGCAGCUGAUUACACAGCUAACUCGGCUCACCCUGGUUUCUCGGGUCUGAAUCAGUUGGAGAUCUUUAGGCAAAAACGAAAACCUACUGACCGUUGGCUCUUCUGGACCAGGAUUGAGAAUCGCUGAUUUAGAAGUACUGUUGUGAAGAAAUGUGGCCUUUAUUUUCCAGACUUUUUUCUUUCUUUUUCUUUAACCAAGAAAUAUGUAUUGUGUGUUUAUAUCAAAGUCACAUAUGCAACUAGUAGUUGAAAUUAAUGGGGAGUACAGACCAGAACGGAAGAAAAGCCAUCUAUGAUUUGUCUGAUAUCAUCAGAGGAGAAAUAAAACCACAGAAGGCACUGAAUUUUGGUUAGGCUUGGAGGACUAUUUUUGUAGUCCACUUUACCCUCCAAUAUGUAGCUCAAAUCUAAACUAAUCUGUUAAGAUGAACCCACUAAGGAGUUUAAGAACUUGUUAAGUCACUGUUCUAGUGCAUGGAUAGACCUCAAUGUUUGGUAUCAUAUGUGGAUGUGCCAGUGCUAACUGGUCCACAGACCUGCAGGGUCACAGGAAGAAAAGGUAAGCUCAGUAAAUAAUGGUCUCACAGAGAGAGAGAUCCACUUGCACAUAAUAUAGUGCUUAAUAUUUCAUUGGUUUAAUUCUAAAAAAUAAAAAAAUGUCUGAAUCCAUUUUGUUGUAAUUGAUAUUACAACAAGGGGCGGCCUGUAGCGUAGUGGUUAAGGUACAUGACUGGGACCCGCAAGGUCCGUGGGUCGAUCCCCGGUGUAGCCAAAAUAAGAUCCACACAGCCAUUGGGCCCUUGAGCAAGGCCCUUAACCCUGCAUUGCUCCAGGGGAGGAUUGUCUCCUGCUUAGUCUAAUCAACUGUAAGUCACUCUGGAUAAGAGAGUUAUAAAUGCCAUUAAUGUAAUGUAAUGUAAUGAUAUAAACUUCCCAAUGAUUUGUAAUUACCAUGCCCUACUGUUACUGAUUCCACUAAAUGUUUCCCAUACUGCUAAAUCUAGCAGACUCUUCUGACUGGUGAGCAGCUUGAUUGAACAGUGCUCAGGAGCCCAGAAUCCAGUCCAGGUGGACUGCAGCGUCUGCUGGUUUUCUGUGUUUUCAGCACCAGUGAUUCAUUCAAGUCUUUUGAUUGGCUAAAGAAUCUGCAUACCUUGUUGCCAAGGCCAACUUUGGCUACCAAUUCAAAGGAAACCACAAAAACCUGCAGACAAUGUGGCCCUCCAGGACUGUAGUGUAACGCUCCUGACUAAAGCCUUCCUACCUCUUACUUACAAAAGAAAAAGCUGAUGAAGUUUGCAUGGCCACCAACAGCAUACCCUAUCAAGUGCUGCUUUGAAUUAUGUUGGAGGUCUAAUUUGCUGUUAAGUUUUCAAAAUAUCUUAUUUCAGCUAGCUAACUAGCUAGCUGGCAGCUCAUGUUUAUCAUAACCUGGCCAAAAACUGGCUAGAUAAUUGUAAUGGCAAGCAAGAUCUGAUUUUCAUUCAUCUUUUGCCUUGUUUUACUACUAUAUUAACUUCCUAGUUAAUAUAUUAAGUACCCUGAUGACUAUCACAUUUACGUGAUAUCAAGGAGGCAGUUAUUCCUUUUUGUUUUAUACUUUGUUUUCUUACUAUGAUACUAUGUUUAUGAGAAUAAAAGGAAUAUUUUACAAAAUAA